AUGGUGCAGUAUCUCGAGACCACCGGCGCCAAAUGCGACGGCAGCGACGAGAUCGAGGUGACCGCCACGUUCGCUCGGACCGUGGCGCCGGCGCUGCCGCUGCAGGAGCACUCCAUGCCUCUUUCCAACCUCGACCUCAUCCUGCCCCCCAUUGACGUCGGCGUCUUCUUCUGCUAUGCUGCAGCCGGCGACGGCGCGGCGGCCGCGUCGACCCUGAAGGCGGCGCUGGCCAAGGUGCUGGUGACGUACUACCCGCUUGCCGGGGAGGUCGUGGCCAACGCCGCGGGGGAACCGGAACUGCUGUGCUCCGGCCGCGGCGUAGACUUCGCGGAGGCGGCCGCGGACGGUGUCGAGCUCCGGGACGUGCGGCUCGGCCUGCCGGACGAGAGCGUGGAGAAGCUGGUGCCCAAGAAGAAGGCCGGGGUCAUGAGCGUGCAGGUGACCAAGUUCAAGUGCGGCGGCGCCGUCGUGGGGUGCACGUUCGACCACCGCGUCUGCGACGCCUACUCCUUCAACAUGUUCCUCGUCGCGUGGGCAGCGGCAGCCAGAGGUGCACCCGCUCCGCCAUCUCCAUCCUUCAACCGCUCUCUCCUCGCGCCACGUAGUGUGUCGUGCACAGCCGGCACCCUCGCCGACCGCCUCUUCAUCCCCGUCAGCUGCGUUCCGCCCCCUCCACCCACGGCGGAACCACCCACAGCAGUCAACCGCAUCUACCACGUCGCCGCCGCCGACGUCGCGGCGCUGCAGGCCUCGGCGGGGCCCGGGCGCACCAAGCUCGAGUCCUUCACGGCCCUCCUGUGGCGGCUCUACGCCAGGGCGUUCCCGGCCUACUCGUGCAGCAUGGGUGUGGUCGUGGACGGGCGUGCCCGCGUGUCCCCCGACGGCGCCAUGAAGCCCUACUUCGGCAACGUGCUAACAAUCCCCUACGGCGUGAUCGGCGCCGGCAAGCUGCGUGGCAUGGCGCUCGCGGACGUGGCUGAGGACGUGCACCGGUGGGUGGCGGAGGCUGCGACAGGGGAGCACUUCGAGGAGCUCGUGGACUGGGUGGAGGCGCAGCGGCCGGAGCCGACGGUGGCGAGGGCCUACUUGGGGGUCGGUGAUGGCGAGGACGCGGCUGUGGCGUGCGUGGUGUCGUCGGGGAUGAGGCUGCCGGUGGCCGAGGUGGACUUCGGGUGGGGCGUGCCGGCGUUCGCGUCGUACCACUUCCCGUGGCCCGGGGGCGCCGGGUACGUGAUGCCGAUGCCAAGCGCGCGCGGCGGCGGGGACUGGGUGGUGUACGUCCACGCGGCGCCGGAGCUGGUGAGGAUCAUGGAGGAGGAGCCCACGGUGUUCAGAGCCCCGGAGAUGUGA